UAAUGUCACUCAAACCUGUCACCGAUAAACCCACCACCACCACCGCCGCCCAUCCAUCAACGCCGGCCACGGAGGAGGAGUACUUGGCCUUCUGCCUCAUGUUGCUCGCCAGAGGCAACUCCCCAGCUCCUCCGCCACCUCAUCAUUCCCAUAAUUUCACCUCCUACAAGUGUAGCGUAUGCAACAAGGAAUUCGCUACUUACCAAGCACUCGGUGGCCACAAAUCCAGCCACCGGAAAAACGUCCAACCUAAUUCCGACGACGACGACCACCACCACCACCUGUCCACCUCCUCUGCUUUGAAGACUAGCAACAGGGUCCACGAGUGCUCCAUCUGCCAUAGGUCUUUCUCCACCGGUCAGGCACUCGGUGGUCAUAAAAGGCGUCACUACGACCCUGGAACCGGAGCUGCCGUCACAACCUCCGAAGGGACUGCUUCCUCCACCCAUGUCCAACCGCGAGAAUUCGACUUAAACCUGCCCGCCUUCCCUGAAUUCGAAUUGGGUUUGAACGUUGACUAUUGGAAGAAAAGCCAAGUGUUGAACCAUGAACAAGAAGUCGAAAGUCCGUUGCCGACGAAGAAACCGCGUUUGUUAAUCGCCGGCGACAUGGCCAAUCGGUCAUAAUUUUUAAUUUCUUUUCAGGCUUUUUUUAUUAAAAGUUAAAUACUUAAAAUAUUUGUUAAGACAACAAAACAAUACAAA